ACAUCUAUCUCUUUCUCUCUCUUUCCUUGCAAAUUUUCAGCUCUCAAAGAGUUAAGAGUUAGAGAGAGAGAGGAUGGCCAUUAGGGAAAUCAAAGAUGUAGAGAGGGGUGAAAUAGUGAAUAAGGUAGAAGAUCUUGGGAAACCAUUUUUGACUCAUGAAGAUGAUGAAAAAGAGAGUGAGAAUAAUGAAUCAUAUUUGAUGGUUCUCUUCAGUACUUUUGUUGCUGUCUGUGGCUCCUUUGAGUUUGGCUCUUGUGUUGGAUACUCAGCGCCUACUCAGUCAUCUAUAAGACAAGAUCUCAAUCUCUCCCUUGCAGAGUUCUCCAUGUUUGGAUCCAUCUUAACUAUCGGUGCAAUGCUUGGUGCUGUUAUGAGUGGGAAAAUUUCAGAUUUCUCCGGCCGAAAAGGGGCAAUGAGGACAUCAGCUUGCUUCUGCAUUACAGGUUGGCUCGCUGUCUUCUUCACCAAGGGGGCAUUGUUACUUGAUGUAGGAAGGUUCUUUACAGGAUAUGGAAUUGGAGUUUUUUCUUAUGUGGUCCCUGUGUACAUUGCUGAGAUAUCUCCCAAGAAUCUCCGAGGUGGACUCACAACACUGAACCAACUCAUGAUUGUGAUCGGCUCAUCGGUUUCUUUCUUGAUCGGAUCUCUCAUUUCUUGGAAAACUCUUGCCCUAACCGGACUUGCUCCCUGCAUUGUUUUGCUCUUUGGCUUGUGCUUCAUACCCGAAUCUCCUCGAUGGCUGGCAAAAGCAGGCCAUGAGAAAGAGUUUCGCGUAGCCCUGCAAAAGCUGCGAGGAAAAGAUGCAGAUAUCACAAAUGAAGCAGACGGUAUUCAAGUCUCGAUUCAAGCUCUAGAGAUUCUUCCAAAAGCAAGAAUCCAAGACCUUGUGUCCAAGAAAUAUGGUCGAUCUGUCAUCAUUGGUGUUUCCCUGAUGGUAUUCCAACAGUUUGUUGGAAUCAAUGGGAUCGGAUUCUACGCAAGUGAAACGUUUGUAAAAGCCGGAUUUACCUCUGGGAAACUAGGAACAAUCGCUAUCGCUUGUGUUCAGGUGCCAAUAACUGUUCUUGGAACAAUCUUGAUAGAUAAAUCUGGACGAAGGCCACUAAUUAUGAUUUCAGCUGGUGGUAUCUUCUUGGGAUGCAUACUCACAGGCACAUCUUUCUUACUCAAGGGACAGAGCUUGUUGCUUGAAUGGGUCCCUUCCUUAGCCGUUGGAGGUGUACUUAUCUAUGUAGCUGCUUUCUCCAUCGGAAUGGGACCUGUUCCUUGGGUGAUAAUGUCUGAGAUAUUUCCGAUAAACGUAAAGGGAAUCGCAGGAAGCUUAGUGGUACUAGUGAAUUGGUCUGGUGCUUGGGCUGUUUCUUACACUUUCAACUUCCUCAUGAGCUGGAGCUCUCCAGGUACAUUCUAUUUGUACUCGGCUUUUGCAGCUGCGACGAUAAUAUUUGUGGCGAAGAUGGUGCCAGAGACGAAAGGGAAGACACUGGAAGAGAUCCAAGCUUGUAUUCGAAGAGAAACAUAAGAAGAAAGAUACAAUCAAUGUUAUGGGAAUGUUAUCAAAUGAAAAGACUCGAACUAUUCCCGUUGGUGAGCUCAAAGUGGAGUAGAGUAAAAAUUAUCGCCGGGAGAUAACGUUGAAAGUCCGAUGAUGAGGCAUAAGGGUUUUGCAUGAAUGUUAUGAGAAUAGGUUUACUUUUAUGUAUUUGUUCACGUUUUAAGUUUUCAUCAAAUAGGUUUUUGAUUGGUAUACAGUAUGUGGAAUAUUAAUAGAAUGGAGUGGCAGAUUUCAUAUUCAAUCAUUCUACAUGCUUUCAAUCAAACCAAGUCCGUGAGAUCAAUACAUCAAAACCCUCUAGAUGCUCUAGAGGCUCCUUGAAUUACCAUAAUACU